AUGGAGCCAAAUAUUCAUUGUCUCUUUGAUGCUCUGAAACCUAAAUAUUUUGAUACAAUUGUUGCUGCAACAAAAACAGUGGCAAAAUAUGACGUAGAAAAGGAUAAAUUUGAAUCACCAACCUACGCUAUGAAUAUGGGCACGAAUCUGAAGCAAUGUGCGGAGAUAGCUAUUAUAUUUGCUCUGAAAAGGAAACAAAUCGCCUUAACAGUUUCAUCUGCUGAAGCAGAGGCAGAUUUAAAAACUUUGAUAAAAGUCAUUGAGUCACAAUGGCAAUAUGAGAUUUCUAGCCAGGCCGCCAGUGAUAUAAAUAUUAACAAGUGGAAUAAAGUUACCCUAGUGCCACUUGCCAGUGACUUAAAACUGUUCAAGGAAUUUUUGAUAACGACGGCAAAUUCUGCCGCAACUGCACUUCAGAACGACGGCGACGGGGACGUUAGCCAAUACGUACUUCUUUUGGAGUCUAUAUUCUGCCGUGUGAUUUUACUUAACCGAAGACGUCCAGGUGAACUGCAAAGACUGACACUGGACAAUUAUCAAAUAUUGGAGAAAAGCGAUUCCAGCUCAAAUUAUGAAGAGUUCUCCGAGGUUGUUUCUCCAACUGAACAAAUUCUACUCAAAAGAUUUAAAAGGAUAGUAAUAAGAGUAUCACAUUUCUUUAUCAGACUAUACCACAUUAGGUUCUGCAGCAUUUUGACGAACGUAGAAGAACCGAUCGAUCUUAUUCCAGGAGCGUCUUUCAACGGCCUGGCACUGAUGCGAGUCAUAACGUCAUCAUUGAACUCGAUCCAGUCGUCUCUGAAGCAAGUGAAAAACGAGGUUAAGCCAUCAAAUAUCAAAAUUAUGAAAAAUAUUUUGGUAAUUAAGAAAACAGAUGACGCAGUUCGGCCAUUAUCUCCACAACCAGAUCCAAGCAAAGCGUCUACUUCAGUUCAAGAAGAAUCCGAGGAAACGAGACCGAGUACAACAAGUGAAUUAGACUCCACUCCUGAUUCUGAUAAUUCAGUAUCCAGUAAGAUCCAGAAGACCAACCAGCCUCGAAAUAAAAAAAUAUAUUCCCAAAAAUACAAGGCUGAGUGGGAGCAGCAUGAAAAUUUUAAGAACUGGGUGUGGAUUAAAACACUGGAUUCCACAAAAAGAAAUGCAUUGAUUUAUUUAACUUGA